UGUUCUUAAGCCAACUCGGUUCGGUUCGCCAUAGUAUCGGGGAUACAUAACAAAAAUUGUUGUUGUCCAGCUCCUCUUACUGCUGGACAGGAUGCUAAUUUGAUUUGAUUGGCAUUCUCUCCCUUUGCUGCAGUGUUGAAAGUUACUUUUGUUUGUCUAUCAUAAAAUGUUGCUGCUACUGUGGCUUGUUCUAUGCGCUCUAUUUGGCCAUUUCACUCAAACGGUUUAUGCUGAAAUCGAAUAUAAUACCAUUAACGAUGAUGGAUCCUAUCAAUAUCGACAUGCAAAUGAUGACAUUGGCGGCUACUAUCAUAGCGCCUCUGGUACUCCCGACAACAUAGUGCGAGGUCGUUAUGGUUCGCGUAGUCCAGCGAGCGGCCAAAUCGAAGAGACUGUCUAUACGGCCGGACCACGUGGCUUUCGUGCGAAUGGUCCGAAAAUACAUCGAAAAAUGGAUUUGGCCCAGUAUCCGGUACGACCCAGAGGAAGUCCAGAUGAUCCGCUAGCCGAUCCAUUCGAUGAUCCCUCAUAUAGUUUUAGUUUUCGUACAGCCGAUCAAUCGAGAAGUGAAGAGAAUGAUUCCACAAAUCGCAUAAGAGGUCUCUAUUCCUAUUUGGAUGAUGUGGGUGAACGACAUAGUGUACGCUAUGCAGCUGGAGCUGGCACCGGAUUUGAGAUAUCCAAUGCAGUGCCCGAUAAUCCAUCGAAUGUUGGCUAUUCGAAUCCAUUGUACAAGGCCCAUCCCAAGACAAGGGGCAAGAUGUCCGUUCAACGUGGUCCGGCGGGAAGUUAUAAACUGAUAGCCGCUGGUCCCGAUCAUCGUAGGGCUGAGAGUCGUGCUCCAGAUGGUUUGGUUAGGGGCACCUAUUCCUUUCUGGAUGACAAGGGUGUUCAGAGGACGGUGGAGUAUAUAGCUGGUGCAGGCAUAGGCUAUAGAGUUGUCCAGAAUCGCAUAGGUCCGGGCACUCAUAUAAAUCCUUCGGUGGCUGAUUUUCGUUUGAGCGAUACAGAUUUUCGUUUGGCCAAUGAUUUUGGUAGGGGAGCAGGUGGUAAACUGGGUACGACAGGAAGCGGUGGAGCAGGAGUGGGCGUAGGAGUGGGUGGAGGCAGUGGAGGUAGUAGUUCUUCAAGUGGGGGUGGGGGUGGUGGCAGGGGACGCACUGGCUCAACGGAUUACUUGAAACCAGGCGUUGCAGGUGGAACCCCAGGUGCUAGCGCAGGUGCAGGUUCAGGUCCAGGAAAUGGUGAUGACGGCGAAUCGGAGAUUGGGAUUGAUGGUGGUAAUGGCCUAAGUAGCAGCUCCAGUGGUUCCGUUAGCCCACAACGAGGCAAAGAUGAUCGCAGAGGUUAUCCAGCUGGCGGAUCAAAUCGUGGCAACACCAGAUAUGGGUCAGGGGGAUCAGCAGGAGGUGGGAGCGGAGGUGGAGUUACCAGUGGUGCCUCAGGUGGUGGCAGUCGAACCUCAGGCAAUAGAAUCAAUGCAAGCGGCACAAGAAAUCGCAAUAGAUUUAGCAAUUCCGGUUCUGGUUCCGUCUCAUCCUCACGCCGUGGUGAUUCAGCUGAAAGAGAAUCUUCAUCAUCAUUUGGCUAUCUACCACCCACAGCUGGAGGUGGUGGGACCGGCAGUGCUUCAAGUGGUCCCGGUGACAAUUACCAUCUCAAUGAUGAUGAUGUUGGCAGUUCACUGCCUCCAUUGGUCACUGCAAAUCAUCGUAUAUUGGAAAUCGAUCGGGAUCGCGAAUGGGUGCAACGACAUCGCGAUUCCACGGUCAUUAAAAAUGUGGGUAAAUGGUAUGUGGGUCUGCCGCCGGGUCAGAGUGUAAGGGCUCAUGUCCAGAAUAUUGACAUUGUGCCGCUGGGCGGACGUGUCUCUCUGUCACCAUCCGAAGCCCUGAGGCAAGAUGAGAUCAACGAGCUAAAUGCCUCCAGAGAGCAUUAACACCCACCAACAACCACUACACACUUCCCCUUAUCGAUUUAGUUUAAGUUAAAACAUUGUUAUUUAAGUAACUAACUAACUGUGCACAAGUGGGCCGAUCAUCGAAACCAGAAGAACCAGAAAUACAUUUUUGCCAAUCUACUUUAAACAACAAAAUCAUUUACAAUACGACUUUGAUCAUACCCAUCAUACAGCAAAAAAAACAAAAUUUUCAG